CAUGAAACUCCAAUGGGCACACACACACUCCCACUCCCACUCCCACUCAAACACACACACCAGAGAAAGAUCUGAAAGCCAAACCACGCGUGUUGGACGAGAUGAAGAAGAUGUUGUUUCCACUCCUGCCGCCUCUUCUUCUGCUCUGCAUGCACUGUCCUGACGGCUUGUCAGUGACAGUAAGCUCCAGAAAAGCCAAAGUGGAAAUCCACGAGCACACAGACGCUGUCCUGUCCUGCGAGUUCGGCACUGAGAAGGAUCCCGACCCUCGCAUCGAAUGGAAGAAGAAGGGAAACGCUGUCACUUUUGUUUACUUUAAUAACAAAUUCACUGCGUCCUACGCAGGCCGGGCCAAGAUGGAGGGAGCCACACUGACCAUCCACUCAGUGAGUCAGAAGGAUUCGGGAGAGUAUCGCUGUGAGGUCACCGCCAGCCAGGACCACGUCAACUUCGGAGAGGUCACCGUCAACCUUCACGUUCUUGUGCCUCCUCACAUCCCUUCAUGCGAGGUUCCCCAGUCCGUGUUUGUGGGCUCUGACUUGGAGCUUCUGUGCAAAGACCAGCAGAGUGUCCCCCCCGCCAAGUACAGCUGGUACAAAGACAACAAGGUCCUGAUGUCCUCCAGCAACAUGGCGUACAGCAUGGACUCUCACAAAGGAACGCUGAAGUUGAAAAGUGUUUCCAAAGUGGACUCGGGGAUGUAUCGCUGUGAGUCCUCCAACAGUGUGGGGGCGCCCAAGAGCUGCGUGGCACAACAAUUAAAAGUUAUCGACCAUCAAGCAGAUGCGGCCGUUUUGAUAGCCGGAGGUGCAACGUUUGUGGUUGUCAUGCUGCUCUGCUGCAUCUGCGUCUGUGUUUGCUACCGUCGAGGAUGCUGCAACACAGAAGAGAAGAAGGCCAAAAGCAGCAAGUCCUACAGCCCUCCUCCUCCGCCUCCUCCUCCCAUCCACAACCUCAUGAACUACAAACAAACUCAGUCUUUCAUGAUCUGACCGAUGUCCCAACAUCCAAAAUCCCAACGUGUCUCACAGCUGGAAUGUUGUUGCCCUCGCUGGUAUUUUCUUCAAAGACCAAAACUCAGCCGAUUCUCGUCAAACCCUCGCUGGUUGCCGUACAGACUUUGGGCAUUACAGAUGCUUCGACAAAUCGAAUGGAGCUCGAAAAGAACCUGCGUCCUCUGGAGUGGACGUUUGAUUUAUUUUGUCCUUUUUACACAUUUUUGAAGAAGAUAAAAAAAAAAUUCCACUGCAGAGGACACUGGUUCUCAGGAUGAUAUAAGCUAAGCCAGUGGUUCUCAAAAUUUUUUGACCUCAGAAAACUCUUGGCUCUCCAAGUACCGCCAUAAUGACCAACAUUAAAACACAGUAGCGUAGUGGGCCCAAGUAUGCAUUAAAAACCAGGCAGAUGUCUAUUUCAUAUUUUUGGCCACUGUAACAUUACACACAGUUCGAACAGUAACACUGUGUUUGAAAAUAGGAAAAUAAAACACUGUACUUUAAUAAUUAAUCAAAUCAAAUAAUUAUUAAUUAUGUCAUUCUUUGGCGCACCACUAGAUGGAGCUCGUGCCACAGUUCGAGCUAAGCUAUUCAAAAAAAAAAAAAAAAAUAUCUAGCAAAUGAGUGUACUAUUUAAUAAUACAUCACAUUAACAAUGAAUUACUUGAAUCUUCAUAAUAAAAUGCAGAGGGCCAAAAAAAAAAAAAAAAGACUGCUCUGCAGGCUGAAAAUAGCCCUGGGCAUUGCCAGACAAGAUAACUUAAAAAAAAAAAGAAGGGCUUUUUCUGUCUUUUAAUUUUGUGCCUGCUAAGGAAUAAUUUUUAUUAUUAUUAUUACUACCGUAAUUCUUUGAAUUUCCGCAGGGCAUAUAGUAUGCGCCUGCCUUGAAUUAAUCAAACUCGCUUCCCAAAAUAAUUAGCGCGUGCUUAGUAUUACCGCCUGGUCAAACUCGUGAAGACACAAGUGACACUUCCCCUGUCAUCAUUUUCAAAAUGGAGGAGGCUGAUUUCAAUACCGGUCAUUUGAAGUCGCAUAAAGGGAAGAAGAUUAAGAGCUAUUCAGUAGGAUUUAAGGUCCAAGCUUACAUCACACUCAAAUUUUUACCUUUGGUAAGUGCCGGAGUGAGAAGAGGUUUUAAAAUAAUAAUCGCAUGCUUACUUUUACCGCAUGCCUUUGGUAAACGCAAGAGUGAGAAGAGGUUUUAAAUUAAUUAGCGCCCCGGCGGCAAUUCAAGGAAAUACGGUAUUAUUGUUCACCACCAUGUUCAGUCUAUGUUUCGAUACACAGAAGCUUUAUUUUUCUCUUUACCGUGUUCAAAUACUCUAUUUUAUCAGCGUGUGCAAAUGAGACUAUGAGUGCUGCACUUACUCUCUUUGAGCUUUGUGUGUGUUUGUAUUUUAAAAAGCGUGAAGAAAUGAACGGGUGUCUGCCAACACUGAAUGAAAACAAAUGAAAUACUUCCAUUUAACCUGACAUCAUUUUUUUUAUUAUUAUUUUAUUCCUUUACGCAAAACCUAAAAUGAUAAAGCUACACAAAAAGCGACACAUUUGUUACUCACGACCAAGUUUUUUUUGCAAUUCAAUUAUUUUUCAUUUCAUUCUGGACUUCUGGUUUUGUCCACAAAGAUGAUUUUUCCCCCCCCCUUUUAAAGCACACAGUAACAUUUUUUGUUUCAAUUUUACUGCAAGGGUGCCUUACUCGUCAAAUAAAUGUGAGUUUUUAUAGCAGAUUGUAAGUAAAAAACAAACAACUAACUUAACAGUGGAUUUAUGUAAAUAAAAUAAAAAAAUAUCCUUCAUACAAUACUUUAUAUUUCAAGCAGUAACUCAAAGUGUAAAAAAUAUGAGGGUCAUAUUUUUACAGCAUGUUUUGACAAUUAGACAUUUUCUGGCUCAGGGGCCCCAAGUAAGUGUGAGAUUUUGUUUUAAAUAAACACUGUUGGAAAAUUUGGUAGAAAUAAAAUGCAUGAACAUUGCCGAUAAUUGACCCAUUACAGGGCCUCAUAAUAAUAAUAAUAAUACUAAUAGUCACAUACUACUAAUAAUGCAUAUAGUGCACAUUUUUUUCCUCCAAUUGAAUAAGGGUAGUUAUACUGUCCCUAAAAGAGUUCAAGUCCCCCAAAUAUAAAUAAUACUUUAUGUAUAUUUACGGCUGAAUUGUAGUUUUGAUAGAUUAACUCAAUCAAAAUUUAAGAAAUAUUAAAAUGUACUAUUUUUACAGCAAUACAUGUAUUUGUCCUUUGGACCUUGAGUGUUCCUUUUUUUCUUUUUUUAAAUCGGGCAUCGUAAAAAAAUAAAUAGAAAUGCAUGACAAUAAAUGUUACUGCUAAUCAUUCACCCAUCUCAAGACCUAAUAUUAAUAAACAUAAUAUUAGUAUAACAAGCCCAUAAUAACCUAUAUGAUAGAAAUUAAUUUUUUUUCAAUUGUACUCGAGUUGAAAGAGCAAAACCAAAGCAUGACUUGUAAAUGUCACGCUGCAUUAUGAAAUGAGCAUGCUUCCACGCCUAGCUAGUAAGACUUACAUAUGUACAUAUUAUAUUGCAUGUUGAAAUGAGUAUUUUUAUAUUUUAAUGCAACAAACGAGCAGACCACCGAGAUGAGUGCUGUAAUACUUGGCAUGGCCACUAGAGGGAGGCAUUGCACUGUAAACAGCAGAAGGCCUUCGUGGUCUCAUUUGAAUGAUUUUGCGUGGAUGAACAUCAGUUUUGGUUUUGUUUGGCUUCGUGAUUUUAUGUUGCUGUCCACAUAAAGGUUUUGAAAUGCA